AUGCUAGCUGUAUUUGUCGACUGGUCUGCUAUAAUUGUUGAACUCAUUAAGAUUAAGAACAUUGACUAUUUUACAAGAGAUUGCCAAUAUAUGAAUAGACAGGAUUAAAAAAAGUUUCUGCCAGAUAAUAAUGGAAAAGAAGAAGUUCGUGGCCAUUAGCCUAUUCGAAUAUUAUGA